AAUCCUACAAAAUUUUCUUCCUUCCUUCCUCCCUUCCAUCCUCGAAAACUCGAAAUGACAACCCAACCAUCUUCGAAUCGAAAAUACAUAUCCAUUUUACCCAUUGCAUUAGGCUGUGUACUACUUUUAGGCACUGCAAGACUGGUUUUUGAUAACUUGAAAAAUAGUAAGGAAACAAGUAUUUUUCAAUGGCAAUUUUGGUUGCAAGGAAGUGGAAUUGACAAGUAUUUUAUCAAUGUUUUUGAUAAUAAUAAUAAUAAUAAUAAUAAUAAUAAUAAUAAUAUUUAUGAAGAUAUUGAAGAUUGUAAUGUGUUUGAAGGAAAAUGGGUUUGGGAUAAUCUCACCCGUCCAUUCUAUACUGAACAGAGCUGUCCUUAUUUGGUUAAACAAGUUACUUGUCAAAAAAAUGGAAGGCCUGAUGAUUUUUAUCAGUUUUGGAGAUGGCAGCCUAAUGACUGCAAUUUACCAAGGUUUAGUGCAGUGAAGCUAUUACAUAUACUUAGGAACAAACGGUUGAUGUUCGUAGGCGACUCGAUUCAAAGAGGUCAAUUUGAUUCCAUGGUUUGUUUGUUACAGUCCGUAAUUCCUGAAGGAAAAAAAUCACUACACAAAGUUCCUUCCAAGAAGAUCUUCCAUGCUCAGGAAUAUAAUGCAACAAUUGAGUUUUACUGGGCUCCUUUCAUAGUUGAGUCAAAUUCAGACCAUUCUACAAAUCAUACAGUGCUUAAAAGACUGGUCAAGCUUGAUCGUAUUUCUAAUCACACCCAAAAUUGGGAGGGAGUGGACUAUUUAGUAUUUGAAAGCUAUGUUUGGUGGAUGUACAAGCCUAUAAUUAACGCAACGUAUGGAAAUCCCAAUGACAUAAAAGAGUACAAUGUUACAACAGCUUACAAAAUGGCAUUGGAAACAUGGGCAAACUGGUUGGAUUCUAACAUCAAUCCUCAGACACAGAAAGUCUACUUCAUAAGCUUGUCUCCUACUCAUUUGUGGAGCUCAGAAUGGAACCCUGGCAGCGACGGAAACUGCUUCAACGAAAAGGAACCGAUCCAUGGACCGUAUUGGGGGAUCGGUACGAGCCUUGACAUCAUGAAAAUUGUGCAAGAAACAUUGCAAAAUCUAAAGACUGAAGUAACAUUUCUCAACAUCACACAGUUAUCAGACUUCAGAAAAGAUGCACAUACCACAAUUUACACAGAAAGGAAAGGCAAACUGUUAACAAAGGAACAAAAAGCUGACCCAAAAAAUUAUGCUGAUUGCAUUCAUUGGUGUUUACCAGGAGUUCCUGAUACAUGGAAUGAGAUUUUGUAUGCACAUAUGUUACAAGACUUUUACAACUGAUCACUCUAUAUUCCUCCUAGCAGGACCAAAUUUUGAUUCAUUUUUAUCAUGUAAAUGAGAAAAUUGAGUUUUUUAAUCGAAAAAGAAUAAUUUGCAAGUAAAAUCAUGGCACUAAGACCAAUAAAUACCAAAAAUUAUGGCUUGAAGGU